CCCACUCCCCCACGACGUGCGGGUAACAGCCAACGUGAUGUCUGCAAUCUAAGCUACACAACAGUUCCAAAACGAUUGUGGUAAGGUGACGGUCUCAAAAGGCGGUCACAGUUACCUCGCGUAGGAAUAAAAUCAAAUAGAACAAUUUCGUUUUGAUAGCAAUUUUUGACAAGUGUGUGCUGUUACGUUAAUGAAUUAUUAAUUUACCUAAUCGGAUUACAUAGUGAUGUGUUGAUGUUGCAUUGACCUGGAUAUUUUGGAAUUAUCGGAACUUGCACAAAAAAGAAAAAAUAAUGAAAUUAGUACCAGGACAUCUACCACCGAUUCCUACAAGUUCUACAAUGGAACGUUUGCCGUUACCGUUACCUUUUAACGCAGAUCUUCUUUGGAGAUAUCCAUUAGGUUUUCCAUCCCUGUCACAUCAAAACCCUCCUUCGUCCCCACUGUUGGAUUACAAAAGUCAGUUACCAGCCUCCCUGCCCUCAGAUCCAAGAGUAUGGAAUAGAGAAGACGUAACCACAUUCCUUCAAUGGGCCGAACGAGAAUUUGAUAUUCAACCCAUAGAUCAUGAUAUGUUCCAAAUGAACGGGAAAGCUAUGUGCCUUUUAACGAGAACAGAUCUAGCAGAAAGAGCUCCUGGUUCCGGUGAUGUUCUACACAACGUUCUUCAAAUCCUUGUUCGAGAAGCUAAUAAUUUACAGAGAAUGCUACCAAGCAGUCCCGUUACACCAACAUCGAGACAUCCUUACCCGUUAUCUCCACACUCCCAUGCUCCGACACCAAAUUGGAGCAUUCUAUCGCAAAACAACGAUUCUGUUCAUUCAUCUCACGCUGCUUUAGCAGCUCAUAUCAUGGCUCAAAGCAAUUCAGUAACUUUAAGUCCCGCUCCAUCAGUAGAUAGUCAAGCCAGUAGUCCCCAACAUGCGGAUAAUCAAGUUUUUAAUCAUUCUAUAUUCAACGUAAAUGGUAGCAACGGUAGCGGUUCGAAUCCUUCAGAUUCCGACGAAGACGCGGUAGAUAAGAAAGGAUACAGUGGAAGUCCUCCAAACACUCCUACUACUUACUCGUUCAUGAGUCAAAUGCCAUAUUUUCCUCCCAGGAGUCCAAAGGAACCUAUUUCAAGUCCUGCAGCUUUCAAAAAUACCGGAAGAGAAUUUUUUCCCAACGAUCCUUCAGAACCCAACACAAAUGGGAGAUUAUUGUGGGAUUUCCUGCAACAACUGUUGAAUGAUCCUGGUCAGAGAUACACCAGUUACAUUGCGUGGAAAAACCGGGAUACGGGAGUUUUUAAAAUAGUUGAUCCAUCCGGUCUCGCCAAGUUAUGGGGCAUUCAAAAGAAUCACCUUUCUAUGAAUUAUGAUAAGAUGUCUAGAGCUUUAAGAUACUACUACAGAGUAAAUAUUUUACGGAAAGUUCAGGGUGAAAGGCACUGUUACCAAUUUCUCAGGAACCCAACCGAACUGAAAAAUAUCAAGAACAUAUCUUUACUUCGACAGCAAAUGUCCCCAACAAACACAAAUACCAAACCAACACCUCAAAUCCCACAACUGUCGACGACUAAGCAAGAACAACUAACUCACAUGGCCCCAGUCAAAUCGGAACCAGUGGAACCUGUAGAACAAGAAUUACCUCAAUCUCGACCUAUGGUAGAAUAUGAUGAUAAGCCUACGGACUUGAGUAUGGAGGGACCCACUGAUCUUAGUAGUAAUACAAGACAUAUCAAUAUAGUUUGUUCACCAGAUCCGCCCAUCGUGGGACCUCAUCAUUAGCGUAAAGUUUAAAUUGAACUGUGCAUUACGUAGUAAUAUAACUGGUGCCAAUAACAAAAGACUUUGUUGAUUAUGUGCAAAUAGUGAUUUAAGUUAUAUUCAGUCAAUGACGUAAACAUGUUUGAACGAAUAGGUGCCUCUAAGAAUCAAUUUUUAUUUUAUUAUUCAGAUAAUGUCAUUAAAAUGCACCAUACUGUUAUAAAUCUAUUUUAAGAUAAACCUUUCGUCUCUAAAACACGAUUUUUUGCAGCUCGUAUAAGUGGAAAAAUUAAGUAUUUGUUUACAUCGCCUCGUUUUAUCAUGUUGACGUCAUUAGAACUUUUCUGUGUAUAUAGAUUAUAGUUUUAAGUUAAGAGAACAGUGCAAUUCGUAUUGUUUUAAAAGAUCACAUGGUUCCAAGAUUAACUUUGCUUUAUAUAAUUUGAAUAAUUGUAAGUAUCAGAGUAGUCUUCGGGACAUUCAGUGUUCUUCUAUUGUUUACAGCGAUUUAUGUGCCAAAAGUUGUAAGUUAUUUUCUUUGGACACAAGAAAUUUUACUUUUUUGUUUUGUUACUAGAUGGAUAUUUUUUUUAAAUUCAAAAACAUAUGUUUUAUUUUCAGAAAUAUGUCAAAUUUUGAUUUUAUUUUUUUAGAAAAAUUUUGGUGACUGAGUAAUAUAACGUCUUCCAAUAAAAUAAGGCCAAUUUAUAAAUUGAUCACAGAGAAUAUUUCAACUGUGUAUUAUUAUGGCAGUUAAAGGGGAGAUUUUUAUCCUCCUAUAUUUUUUUUAUCGAAGUAUUUUCCUCAUGUACAACUCUGAAAAGUUUUUUGUACAUGUAGACUCACUAUUGAUCUUAUUUUCUACAUACCCUCUGAAAAUCUAAUCAAAUCUUCAUUUUAUUGGUCCUUGUUUUACAGGUUAUAACUUUAAAUCAAGGACUACCGUUCUCAAGCUCACAAGUUGUCUCUACCAGCUUUCAAAAUUUGUUAUUAAACUGUUGGAAACAUCUUAAGCAUAAAUCAUUUUGUUUCAAUAUUAAAAUGCUAGCUUGUACAAAUCCGUUUUGUUAGGGAAAUAGGAGGAAAAUAAGUUUCCAAAAGACAACAAUCUCUUAAAUCAUUGAUACUCUUCAAACAUUCGUGACAUGUCAUUUCGGAAACCUCAUUUACCACAAUUAUACUUACUACUUAUUUCAUCUCACAUCCUUGCUUUAAUCAUCACCCCGUUCAAUCUCUUGGAUAAUAGCUAGCAAUUUGUGUGCCUAUAUAUCCAUUUAUUGGGGUGUAUUACUCCCCUUGUUCUUUUGUUAUAGUUCUUUAUUCAGUUUUCCCUGUAUUUCUUGAAGAUUUUCUAUCAUUCUCGCAUUCUUUUGGAUUUAUCUAUUUAUUUACUGGCGUAGUGUCUUCUAGGCGGUUCGAUACCAAGAGUUUACUAAGUCAGCCUCUAGCCAAACUAGAAGCUAACUAUCAUUAUCAGCUUUUAUUUAUUUUCUCCUAGAUACGGACCUGUUCCAAUUGAAUCGCUACUGUAGAGAUCUGAUAAGAAGUUUAUUUUUGCUUAUCAAGUUUUGACCAGUUUUUAUUUAAAUAUUUGCCGUCGAAUUACACUCGUUUUCCUUUUUUUUUUAAGAUUCAUGGAAAAUUUUUAGUUAUUGUCGUUUUUCUAGACCUUUUAGAUCAGUACCACUGUAACGUAUUUCAAAAUUUUGACCCUUGUGUUCGAGGGUAUUAUGCACAUUAAGGCAAGGCGCAUACAAACACUUUUCAUCGACUCAACUAUUGAGUUAAAAUCGAUUUCACCACGACUCAACUAUUUAGUUGUGUAGAGUGCGCAUACAAAAAAUUAAUAGUAGAUGAGAUUUCGAUUAUUCCCAAUUCAUGAAUAUUCCUAAAUGAUUUAUCGAAUAGCUCUGGUCAGUGCUCUCCUUUAUUUGGAGAAUGAAUAGAGAAAGAAGAUAAUCUGUUCAUCCCAUCAAGAGAUUACCACGUGGAAAAUUCCACACGUUACUUGGUAAAUUGAAGAAAUUAUUUCGUUAAUUGGUCCGCCCAUCUUGAGACAACUUCCCGCCACCUCUCUCUCAAUUUUCAUUUUAAAUUCUAGUCUAGUUCCAACCAUCCACAUACGACUUCCAUACAAACUUCCUCCCAUAGCUUUUUCUUCAGAUUAAUGUCUGAAUACCCUUUCAGACUCUUUAAGUAAAGCGGAGGACUUUCUUCUAUGCUAUUAAUGAACUCCUCCAUGUCUGACUGGCAGUCGCGGAGCGACUGUUUAGUCAAUGGUCUGCUUUUAAAUCAAAAGCAAAUCGAUAAAGCUUUUUUACUUUUCUGUUGAGCAACUAUUGAGCUGACAGUAUGUGCGCUUUAAUAUUUUCUUUUAAACAUUUGGUACAUAACAAAAUAGUUAAGCAACUACUGUAUGUAAGAGCCUUGCCUUUUCUGUCUCCAGGACCGAAUUCAUGCUUUACUUUUUCACAAUCAACUGUGUAACGAUAUUUUAAAAUAAUUUUUUUAAUUCUUAUAAGAAAGAUUCGAUAAUUUAUUAAGCCAUACUACUAAAUACAAAAUUAGUUUCUACUGGUAAUGUUAUAUUAAUAAUGUCCCAAUCUCCCCUCUGGAUUGUCAUAAAACACAAGAAAUAUUGAAAUAUUCAUUGGAAGUUCAAAUAACAGAAAUACUAAUAAUAAAUUUUAUUCGUGCAAUAUCUAUUUUGAAAUCUAAGUGAAUACUUUAGCUUUCCAUAUUUGAUGUGUGAUAAAAAUUAGGAAGACAUUGGUUACUGAAUAUUGUGAUACAAAUUUUCGAGUCUCCCUAUUCUUUUAUGGGUUAUACGACUGGAAUAUCUGAAAUGGAGCAAUAAAUCUCAGUCGCCAAAAAGGGCAGCUUUAAUUUUUUUUUCCAUUAUAAGAAACGGGAAGUGAUAAUUGUUGACAAUAUUUGGAUUUUUUAAAAGUGUACAAAUUUAAUAGUUAGGACUGGAGUGUCCGAAUCAAGCAAAUUAUAAUAAUAAAACAAAAAAAUGUGACACUUCACCUUUUCUUUAAAUAAAUUUUAAUGCAAAAAAUAAGAUCACGAAAUUGUGUUGAUAUUGGAAUAUAUUUAAAUAGAAGCAACCUCAGUUAGACUUCCGUUAUCCCAGCACGCUUAUGCUAAAAAUCAUUAAGUGUAAUAUAUGAAAAAAAUCCACGUGAUUGGCUCGUUACGAAUCCGUCGUCAAAAAAAAACCGCGUCCUUUUGUUACCGAGAUAUUGUUAAAGAACUUAUUUGUACUGGGUGAAAAUUAAUUAAUUUUUUUCUCAGAAAUGGUACAUUAUUUUUCCAAUUAGAGGGCACAAAAUAAUUGAGUUUAUUCAAAUGAUACAGGAAAUAAUUUUAUUUUAUGCAGAACCAUGGAUUAGUAAUAAAAUGAGAAUAACAGUUUAUUUCUAUUAGCACAGCUGAUAACGGAUUAUUACGCAUGCUCAGCGCACCGCCGGUCAUUCUUCUUCUUCGCCGGUCAUCAACUUUUUUUUUAUUAUUGUUUUUAAAAAUGAUUAGUUUGAUAUAUAUUAUUUACCAGCUACAACCCAAUAUUCUUUUUAUACUGUACUGUAAAGUUGACUUUACAGUACUAGUUUGAGUCCGGAAAAUGGCGCUUUUACUUUACAGUACUCUUAAAUUUUCCCUUGUAUUUCUUACGCCACUCGCAAAACAUCACAUAUUCUUUUUCGUACUUUUUCGAAGACUUAAUUGGAAUAAUUUGCCCUACUGCUUCCGCACUUUUCUCGGCAAUUUUAUUUGAAUUAUCAGCCAUUCUGCUAUGGAUACUAUUUCGCAAUUUUGAUUUCCUUAAGUUAUAAAUCUUGUAAUUAAUGGACAUUCUUCAAGCUCUGAUACGUUGAAUUUACAAUUUAUGAUGCAACCUUCAAUCUCGAAAUGCGAUUGACUUCAUUAAUUCAACUCGUUUUUCGUAGAAUUAUUUUUUUACUUUUUUCCUCAACGAAAGUCUUAAACUUUUCAAAUCUAUUAUUAGCAAAGGAAAAUGUUUCCAUUAAGGAAUCCAGUGGACAUGUGUUGGCACUAAUACAAGAAUGGAAAAUUCUCCUGAGCUCCAUUUAAAAUCAUGAAUAUCACUACUACACUCCUGAGGCCAUAGGAUGAGAUGUGACGAGCGAGGGACGCCGUGAAGUUAUGCAACGGGCGGUGCUCUGAGCAUGCGCAGUAACCCGUAUCAGCUGUGCUAAUAGCAAUAAACUGUUAUUUUCAUUUUAUUGCUAAUCCAUGGAAGUUCUGUAUAAAAUAAAUUCAUUUCCUGUAUAAUUUGAAUAGACUCAAUCAUUUGGUGCCGUCUAAUAAAAAAUAAUGGAACAUUUCUUAGAAAAAAAUUUUAUAACAGAAUAACACGGAAUUUUUUCAAUUAUUACACUUAAUGUUUUUAGUAUGUAUGCUGGGGUCACGGAAGUCAGUUAAUGCAAUACAAGUUUCAAAAUAUCCGCAGGUCCGGCUUAAAAAAUAUUCCAUUUAAAAAUUAUUAUUAUAUACAAUACUUAUAGUAGUUGCCAGAUAUUGUAGUAAUUGAAGACAGUAUUUGAUGAAACUAUAAUUAACAAAUGUGGGUCAAUCUCUCAUUUUUAUAGGAUGAGACUUCACAUUUCAGUGACUUACAUGUAAAACCAUUUUUCCAAAUAUGUUAAUUUAAACCAAAGUUGGUCUGAUACAAGAACUAGAAAUAUUCUUGUACUUUUAAUAGCAGUUUUAACAUUCUUCUAAAUAGUUUUUUUUCUAAUUGUAGACUAUUUACAGGUUUUAGUAGACCCACUGCAGAGGUAUUUCUGAUGAAAAAUAUGAAUAUCAGCUGUAUUGUUCAAAAUUUACUUACUGUCUAGUCCCCCAUGGACACCUGGGGGCUCACCUCGACCGCUUUGGUAAACACUGCUCUACUUCCACUCUGAUUAUAUUGUUAUUUCAUUAUAUAAUCAAUCUGUAAACGCUUUUUGAUUAAUCCAUUUUCAAUCUAUUUAAAAUUUUAAUUAUUUUUCUGAUACUUCUUUACAAUAUGUAAAAAUCUCUUUGACUUUCUCAAAAAUUGUUUCUGAUUAUUUAAAAGUCUCUGUCAUCUUCAUUUUCUAACUAAAUUUCUUCAACCAGUAUGUUUAAUUCUACUGUGGUUCAUCAAACUAUGCUUCAAGCUACUUUAUCUGGUAGUUACAAAUAUUUUGUGUUUAUAUUUAAUAUAAAUAAAAUGGAUCAAAAAAAGGUUAACGAUUAAUUGAAAACCAAAAUUUUAGAGUAACGUUGCAAACUUUUGAGUUUCUUAUAACAACACAGUGAAUUUUGAACUAAAAACUUACUCGGUUAAAUUGUAUUUAUUAUUAUUAUUAUUGAAAAGGAUGAAGGGAAAUUUGAAGAUAAAGUAAAAUUUUUACUGGCUACCUGGCUUUAACGUGUGCAAAAAAAUACCACAUUCCAUAAUUGUGGCUAUUGCCUUAGUUUAACUUUUAUAAAUGUAAAAUAAAAAUAUAGCUGAAUUUUCCAGCUCCACUUCUGUGAUCUCUAAAAGUAAAAAAAAUGACUCAAAAUGUGUGAUCAUAAUAGGUAUAUAUACAUAUAUUUAUAUACUUAAACAUAUUAUAUAUACAUUUGAAAAAUUAUACGUACAGGGUGGAAAGUAAUGAAACUAUUUUCUGUACCAACAAAUGUUUUAACAAAAUUUCAAUGUUGGUUUGGAAUUUUUGUAAAUUUAUAAGAGUUUUUGAAAUAAAACACAUGGCAGUAUCUAGAGUACCCCUUUUUGUUAUACUACCUUGUAUAUUUGUAUAUAUUUUACAAUUACAAAUGAAAUAUAUAGUUUACUUUCGAUUUCUAAUUGUUAAUGAUUUUGAAAAAUAAAAUGAUACUCAAAA